CCCGAAUCCGUUUCUUGCUACCUUUCAAUUGGAUCCUUAUUCGAUAUACACAAACAGCGUACAGCCUAUAGCCAGACGCCAGACAGCUGCCCGUGGAUAUUCCCCUUAUUUUAAGCGUAACUAUUUCGUGCUUACAUCUCCUGUUUAUGUACGCCAGGUCAUAGACUUACCUAUCUCGUAAAGACGGGGAAUUAGAGCCUUAGUGCUUAUCGACUAUGAUGACGAAUGACGAGGGCAUACGGACCUGGUAGACAUGGGUCUCGUUCAUACUCCUAGCGGUGUGACCGUUCCACCGGGUUGAAUAUAUUAUAGCUCGACGCGCGCUCGAUGCUGUCGUGUCACUAUACCUUCGUCUAUCUUGGGACUUCUUGGAAAUAGUCAUGUCGGGCAUAGAACUCAAACCAUCGUUUCCCGCGGGUCUUCCGUCGGCCGCUUCUGAGCCUCCAUCCACUCAAGCCGUCAUUAAGGCACUCUCGCUAGAACCUCACAUCGAGGGUGGAUAUUUCGUCGAAACUGAUCGUGAUCCUCUUCUCAUACCUUCCCCUUUUCCCCAAACCCCGGCAUCAUCUCUUGUGCCACAGAGACCUGGCUUCGACCCGGCUUACCGCAAUGCCUCGACCUCCAUAUUCUACUACUUAACUCCCCAGUCGCCACAAGGCAAUUUUCACCGAAACCGGGGGAGAACCGUACAUACCUUGCAUCGCGGCCGCGGUGUGUACGUUUUGAUACACGCCGACGAGCCUGACCUUCCCGGCGGUGGAAAGAGGAUCGAGACGUUCACUGUCGGGCCGGAUGUUACCAACGGCGAGAAGUUACAGUGGAUCGUCGAGGGAGGCAAGUUCAAAGCUAGCUUCUUACUUCCAGAUAAUCCUAGCAGUGGCGAGAAGACCAGUGGUGGGCUUUUGAUAUCAGAAACAGUCGUUCCGGGUUUCGAAUUCUGCGAUCAUGACUUCUUGAACACUGAAGAGUUUCGAAAGCUAGUUAGCCCCGAGAAAACAGAAGAAUUGGCUUGGCUGGUGAGGAAAGCUUAGCGAUGGUUUAGAGGCGAUGGGAUAGAUGUCUUCUCGAUCUAGCAGGGAAUGAAUUGUUGAGGAAUUAAGCAUGAUGAGUAGUAUAACUUAUCAUUAUGAUCUUGAGCCUCGACUCGUUUCCUACUAUUUUACGCUUCUUGGCUCAUAGAUUCUUGCUAUUUCUCACAUAUAUGAUAAUAGCCAAUGCAUUAUAAAACCAAAGUAUAAAUAGCCGC